AUGCUAAGAAACUCAAAUAACUUGGUCAAAAAUGGUAUCCUAAGAAGAUUCCUGUCUACAAGACCAGAAGUCACCGAACUAUCAAACGGUGUCUCUGUUGUCACAAGAUACAACCCUAACGUUGCUCACAACACAACAGGUUUGGUCUUUGGCUCCGGGUCCUCCGCUGAAAACCCAUACAAUAACGGUGUCAGCCAUGUCUGUUCGUCUCUUUUCUCAAGACACAAUAAGAAAGUCAAUGCAGAUGCAGUUAAACAAGGUUUCAAAUUGGAUUCCUUAGUCGACAGAGAAUACCAAUCGUUCUUAGUCACUUCCGCAGGCUCUGCUAAUCUUGCAAAGGCUUUAGACUGUUUGAACACAUCAUUUGCCGAAACUACUCAAAACGUUAAUCAAUCAGAUUUCGAUCAAUCAAAGACUUUGAUUACCGAGGAACUGUACAAAUUAGAAAAUAAGAACAAAUUCCAACAAGAAAGAGUCAUGGAACAUUUACACUCUACCGCUUUCCAAAAUACUCCUUUAUCUUUACCAAAAAGAGGUACUAUGGAAUCCGUGCAAAGUUUAGUCACUGAUGAUUUGAAAGAGUUUGCAUCCGUUAACUACAACAACACAAACGUCAUUGUCGUGAAUGAAGGUAAUAUUCAACACAACGACUUCAUCGAAUUAUUAGAAUCCAAAAAUUUCAAACUAUCAAAUGAACAUAAGCCAACUUUACCAAAAUCAACUUUCUUAGGGUCAGAAGUAAGAUUAAGAGACGAUACUUUGCCAAAAGCUUAUUUCGCCAUUGCUGUUGAAGGUGAAUCCAUCAGGUCUCCAGAUUAUUUGACUUCACAGGUUGCCGCUGAAAUUUUCGGUUCUUAUAACGCUCUUGAACCAAAAUCAAGAUUACAAGGUGUUAAAUUAAUUGAUCAAUUCCAAGAAUAUAAUAUCGCAGAAAUGUAUGAUCAUUUUUCAUUGUCUUACAAAGACUCCGGUUUAUGGGGUUUCAGGGCAGUUACAUCGGAAUUCAAUAGCAUUGACGAAGUUGUCCAUUUCACUUUAAAACAAUGGAAUAGAUUAACUAUUUCCAUCACUGAAACUGAACUGGCCCGUGGUAAGCAAUUAUUGAAAUUGAAAUUAGCAUCCAACUUGGAAUCUAAUCCAAAUGUCACACAAAUUGUCUCAGAAUUAGGUUAUCAAGCCUUGAAUGGAAACAUCAGACCAACCUUAGCAGAACAAUUCGCUUUAAUUGACAAAAUCACCGUUAAGGAUAUUAAAAACUGGGCUUCAAAGAGAUUAUGGGAUCAAGAUGUUGCUAUUGCUGGUUCGGGACAAAUCGAAGGUCUAUUGGAUUACAUGAGAAUCAGAAACGAUAUGUCUAUGAUGAGAUGGUAA